AUGCUCAUCAUCGGCCUCACCGGCUCCAUAGCCACCGGCAAAUCCACCGUCUCCACCAUCCUCUCCUCCCCACCCUACUCCCUCCCCAUAAUCGACGCCGACGUUCUCGCCCGCAAAGUCGUCGAACCAGGCACAGCCGGCUACAAAGCCAUAGUGAACUACUUCGGCCCCAGCACACCAGACCUUCUGCUAGAGGAUGUCCCUAAUCCCUCUCCACAUGGCAACCCCCUAAACCGACCCGCCCUGGGCCGGCGCGUCUUCGGCGACACGGACGAACGCAAACGCGAUCGCCAAGUGCUGAAUAGAAUAAUUCACCCCGCCGUACGGUGGGAAGUCUAUAAGUCGCUCAUCUACUAUUACCUCCGCGGACAAUGGGCGAUCGUCCUCGAUGUACCGCUUCUCUUUGAAAGUGGCAUGGAUCUUAUCUGUGGCACGGUGAUAGUCGUCGGCGUACACGAUCCAGCCGUUCAAAUGGCCCGUCUCCGCGCGCGAGACGCACAUCUGACCGCUGAAGAUGCGGAGAACCGUGUCCGCAGUCAAGGUGAUGUGCGGACGAAGGCGGCGCAGGCUGAGUUCCGUGGGACAGCGAAUGCGAGGGGCGUGGUGGUUUGGAAUGAUGCGGAUAAGGUGGAGUUGGAGGGUGCUAUCAAGGGGGCCAUGUCCAGUAUUGCGGCGUCGAGUCCGAGGUGGUGGGCGUGGGCGUUGUUGAUUGCGCCGCCGGUGGGGAUGGGGAUUGCGGCGUGGAAUUUGGUGGUGAAUUUUGCGACGCAGAAGGGUUGGGAGAAGAGGAAGAGGGAGGAGAAGGCCAAGUUGUAA